AUGACGACUGAAAAUUCCAAUAACAAUACUUCUACUUGGACACCCUUGCCAAAAUUCGGUUAUGGUUUUGCAAUAUAUCCAUUCACACCUGGAGUGCAAGCAAAUUCUUCAGAUUCAACCAAAGGAGAAACAAUACCAGAAAGUACUGGAG